AUGGCGCGAGGGAUACGACACUCCCCAGCAGAAAACACUACACUGCCCAAGGUCCAGUUCGAGAAAGUCGAUGAUUUGGAUUCUACGCGACCGGGCGGGGUCCACGACCAACAAGCACGGUCUUACGGUUAUAACGAUUUUUCGGAGUUCUCGAGGCCAGAGUACUACAUUCGAUACAUUGAGCCGUUGGAGAGUGAACUAGCUACUCAGGUCGAAUAUGAUAUGGAUGAACAAGAUCAGGAGUGGCUGGACCAUGUCAACCAAGAGCGCAAGAAAGAACAGCUCGACAAAGCUACGUACGAGCUCUUCGAGAUUGUCAUGGAUCGCCUGGAAAAGGAAUGGUUCGACUUGACCAAGAACAUCCCGAAACCCGACCUAGCAAUGCCCUCGGAAGACUCUACCUGUGCAAUAUGUGAUGAUUCAGAAGGGGAGAAUAGCAACGCGAUAGUUUUUUGUGAUGGGUGUAACUUGGCUGUACAUCAAGAUUGCUACGGCGUACCGUAUAUCCCGGAGGGGCAGUGGUUAUGCAGGAAGUGCACUGUCUCGCCUGAGAAUCCAGUGUCGUGUAUAUUAUGCCCAAACGAAGGGGGCGCGUUCAAACAAACUGUCCACGGCGAAUGGGUGCACCUGCUUUGUGCGAUAUGGGUGCCCGAAACGCGUGUUGCCAACGAUGUCUUCAUGGAGCCGAUAACUGGGAUCGAGCGGAUAUCGAAGCAACGAUGGAGAUUGCGAUGUUCCAUUUGUGAUAUCAAACAAGGAGCGUGCAUCCAAUGCGCAAAAACGUCGUGCUUUCUUGCCUUCCAUGCAACGUGUGCCCGCAAAGAGAAGCUCCUGCUUCCGAUGAAGAGCCAGCCAGGUGCUGAGCCGAUAUCACUGACAAGUUACUGCGAACGUCAUCUUCCAAAAGAACAACAAGACGCCAGAAUCGCCGCCCUGGCCGCUGAAGAAUCCAAUGAAUCAGACGACGACCUGAUUAACAAAGACAAGCAUACCAAAUCCGCCCGCGCCUACGCUAAGACGUUCAAAACAGGACCACCACUCGUCCCCUCUAUCAUCGUGGAGCGUAUCUUGCAAUAUGUCGCGAAGAUCCAUCUGAGGAAGAAGCCGGAGUUCGUGUACAUGAUGUGCAGAUAUUGGAGUUUGAAACGAGAGGCGAGGAGGGGUGCUCCGCUGCUGAAGAGGUUGCAUCUCGAGCCGUGGACGGCCAACGCUGGAUUGAAACCACAAAGCGACGAGGAGAAGUUAAUGAAAUUGCAGUUGCUCCAACGACUGCGCGACGACUUGGAGAACGUCAGGGCGUUAGCUGAGCUGACGCGGAAGCGCGAGGCGAGGAAACGCAAACAGGUCGAACUUAUACAUAACGUCAUCUCCCAAUUCUUGCUAUCACACGAACCUACGCUGCGUAUGGCUUUUGAGAGGAUAAUGAGCUCGGAUCGCAAUAACUACUUCAAGAAUCCAGUCUCCAAGAAUGAUGUCCCCGAUUACUUUGAUGUUGUGAAGGAGCCUAUGUGCUGGAGCAUGAUUGACGCCAAACUGGAUCGGCACGAAUACUUGGACGUCCAAAGAUUCAAGGACGAUAUCGAUCUUGUCUUGUCCAACGCCAUAUUGUACAAUAAGCCCGGAACAGCAUUUUACAAGACUGCCACCCGAAUACGAGCGUCCGCACGUCCGAUACUCGACGAGCUUGACAAACUUUGCGUCUCACAUACCGAACUAGCUACUGGCGCACCAGAUCUUUCAGCCAUGACUGUUGACGAGUCUUCAUCACCCUUGCCCCCGCUUCCAUUGGGUGAUCUUGAACCUCCCCUGACCGUUUUAGAAAUGCUUGUAACCGACAGCGGCGGACUUCAAGAAGGUUUACCUUUUCUAUUGGAAGAGCCCGCGAUCACGUCUUUGUUCAGAUACGAGUUUGGAAAGGAUAAACCUCCCCCACCACCUCCUCCCCCGAAACCCAAGAAGACGAAAGUCAAACCUCCCAAAAAAGACCGCGCCGAGGAGUACGAGAAGCGUAGGCUCAUACGACAACAACAGAAGGAGGCCGCCGCGGUGUCGUCGCCACAGGAUGCGCUUCUUGACCAAAGCCCGGGGUUCAGAAUCCCAAGGACCAGGAAACAGGCUGCCAACGCUGCUGCGUUUGAGGCCGAAGCAACUGCUGAGGUAUCUGUUGAAACAGAAGGUACCGAACUCCAAGCUAAUCUAUAUGAAACCCCUGGUCCGUCGUCAAAGAAGAGGGCACCACGAGCACAGGUGGGACAGCUUGGCCAGCCUCAGUGGGUCGAGGAUGUGGACAGUCGAAGUUCUUUUGCGUUAUUCGAAAAUGGAUGGAUCCUUCCUGAAGGCUCUCGACGUGGCGGGAGGGACAGACCCGCCGCCGCUCCUGUUGUGGCGCCCACACCUCCGACUAAGCGAAAUCGUGCAGGCCAUGAAGUUUCUAGACUAUCGGUAUAUAGCACAUCAGCACACGAAAACCAGACACUCCUGGACAAUGCCUCCGAAUCGCAAGGAUCCCGCCGGGUAUCCGAGAUUGUCAGCACGAUCUCAGAAUCCCCCACCGCUCAACCGAGUUCAAUGGAUUAUGAUGUCAGCUUAGCGUUGAAGGAUCGGAUCAUGUUGCCAAGUACGAUCGUCAGGGAACCCGAUGGGACUGUUGUCAUUGAAGAGUUGGACACCCCCGCUACGCGAAGCGAGAAGAACAAAAGACUCAGAGCGGAGAGAAUGCGACUCGCCGGUCCUGGCGUUCCUCCACCUACACCCUUCCACGCCCCGCCACCUGAUAUUAGCCUCCUCGCUGGGGCUAUCUCUCGAGCGAAUCAACGUUCUCAGGCAGCCGAAAAGCCCGAAUCAGACGAUGAGUCUUCGUCUCUGAGCGAACUUAGCAGCGAUGGCGAUGGGCGAGAUCAGCUAUUGGACAUUCCUCCUAUGCGCGUCGUACCUAAUCUUCCUCCUUUACCCCCUCCGGUCCAGGUUUCCCCGGCUGAUUUCACCGAAGGACUCCGUCCCGGAACUAUCGCAUCAUAUCCUUGGUGGCCCGCUACAAUUCGAGAUAAAUCAGAUGUCGAUGUUCCAAAGCAACUACUCAAAGACUCGGGUGCAAAGCGGAAAGAUGAAUUCUACAUCGUCCAGUUCUUCGAUCCACAGUAUAGUUGGCAAUCCGUCGUACCUGAGAACGUCAAGUUAUUCAAUGUCGAUAAGAGUCUUGAUGAGAAGUACCUGCACUUCAAAGGCAAACUGUCUGCCAAACUUCGGGCGGCAUUCCGCGAGGCCUCUAACGUUAUAGAAUAUGCCGAUGCAGGUUCCGACGAUGUUUUAGAAGGUGACGAUGUGGUGGCUCCUGUUGAAAGUUGA